GGACACCGAGACGGUUUGUAGACUUGAAGACUUCUUUUUACAAUGCUUGAGACUGAGCCAGAUGCGCUCAACUUGGACUGAGGAUCUCCGCAAUGUGGUACGGCACGGUUUGGACACUCUUCUCAGCCCCCAUGUCCCGGCUUCUGGUGAAGACAAUAACCUGACAAACGACCAUUCGCAUCCUUCCUAUGUCACACCUCGCAAGGGGGGAUCAAUGCCCCAGCAAGCUCCUAGACAGUAUCUCACCAAGCGCAUGAACCUUUACAUCAGAGAUAAUGAUCCGGCACAGAAUGAUCCGAUAACUAUUGAAGACGAUGACGACGCAGAAGAGGUAUUAGAAAUCCGUCCUGUUGUUCGACCGGAAACCUCAAAGCCUCUCUUGCGAACACGACCUGCAUCCAAUCAUGAAGUUUCGUCUGCCACGCAAGCCUCUACAAGACAAAUGCCUACACGUUCAACCCAGAGGGAGCGUGAUAUGACUGCGGGAAAGAGCAUAGAUAAUUCACAGUCAGCAGACGAAAUUCGGCUCCUUGGUGGUGUGAGGUAUCAGGCUCGUCCUAUAAUCUGUGACAGGAGAACUGAGCGUUGCUCUAGUAAGUCUGAACCUGGGUCUGUGACCAUACAAGAUCCCAUGAAGCAGUCAUCAAAUUUCAAGUCCCCCUACAGACCUGUGGACACUUUGAAUCGUUCUCGCGCCUCCGCACGAUCCGGGUUCGUUGGUUCAACUCCGAUUUCAGGCCGAUUACCUCAGUUGCAUGGUUUCAAAAGCAGUGGACAGAUAAAUGAAGACACUCACAAUCAUCGACACAAGAGACGAAAGUUGGAGCAACCCCAAAAAGCAGGACAGAACAUUCAAGAUGCCAUUGACCUUGGGAACAGUCAGAAAGCGGAAGACUCAGUCGAUGAGCUAGGAAUGAGUCCAGCCUUUCAAAAUGGAAAGACAGAGCAACCCACUCUCAGCCCUCCUGAAAAGGGUAGCACGCGGAAGACUUCUCCAUCAAGACAGUCUAUCCGAGCUGCACAAGGCAAAACCACUUCUGCGUACUUUGGCAAAACUGAAACCUCAAUGAUACCUGGUGCGGGUGUACCGAGGACCCGUCAACUGAAGUCCUUAGGGUCAGAAAGUCCAGAUGCAUUACAGGAUGAUUAUCGGCAGCCGCCUUCUCGAUCGACCAAGCAACAUCCGACCUCUCUCGACAAUGUACCGGCCACGGCGUUCACUCAGAUGCUUGUGGGGUCUGAUAAGAGUAUGGCUAUCAGAAAUCCGACGAAGAAGCUUACAAACAUACAAAAUUCGUCGUUGAGAACUUUUAAACUCCUGGAAUUUGUGUCAGAUCUUUGGACAGACUCUGUCGUCACCUUGGAAGUGGACGAACGGAGAAAGCAACUCCGGAUAAAUACGGAUAUCGACGAGCUCGGCACUGAUGCCACACAGGCUUGCCCAAUGGAAAAGAUUAUUGAUAUCAAGUAUGGAAGCGAAUCUAACCUGGUAUCCCUCGAUUUUUCGCGUAGUGGCAACGGUCCUCCGACAACAUAUCUUCGCUUUGAGUCCGAGGGGGCAGCAGAUGAAUUCGUGAAGUUGCUGCAGGAGGUAGACAGGUCUUAUCGUGUCAAACGGAAGGAUUCUGAUUGGAUGGAGACCGCGUUAUCCAAAACAAAGGCCGACAUUGAUAAGCAUCAAAAGGAAGGGACUACAGUUACCGUUACGCAGACAAAGGUCAGCAAAAAGCACACGCAAAUUGCGAAUGAAGAUACAGUAGAGAAACGAACCCGUCACGUUGAUCGAUUGGAUCUGCCUGCUGUUAUCUCCGGCCAUCCUACAGUCAUUACUGGCGCCCAAAGACGAGGCACUGACAAUGCGAGGGCCACCCAACAUGCUCACAACGCUCAGCCAAAGUCGGUGGAAUCUGACAGACGAGAGAUAUCACAGACAGAGCCAAGUUCAUUGCGAAGAGUAACGAGAUCACAGGAGUCUGGUAAGAAAGAACAGUGCGAUCGAAUCGCAGACGGCUCUCAAUCAACAAAGACCUCAAACCUUGAGAUUCCAGGAGGUCCAUGGCGAAACGAUCUGAGAUAUGCGAUCAGCGAGAAAAGAACCGGGAGCGUGCCUUACGAGGAUUUAGGCCACUUGGGCCACGAGGAGUUCCUCAACGACAACUUGAUCUCCUUCUUUGUUCAUUACCUGGAAAGUAAGAUCAACUCUACGAAGCCUGAAUUGUCCUCGAGAAUUCACAUCUUUAACACAUACUUUUUCGAAACUCUAACGAAGACGUCUAAAGGCCAGAAAGGGCGAGGCAUCAAUUAUGAAGGCGUCAGCAAGUGGACGAAAGCCAUGGAUUUGUUCAAGCGCGAUUUUGUGGUGGUUCCUGUGAAUGAAAAUUUUCAUUGGUACCUCGCCAUCAUUUGCAACCUCCCUUACUUUCUGCCCGAGUCGGAACAGCCAGCCAGGCAGGGACUACAGCCGUUGCUUCUUGAAGAUCCUUCCACGCUAGCCGAUGGAAAUGUUGAUGGACCAACCACUGCUUCCGAGGAGCAGACGCAGAGAUCAUUGGCAGAGCUUUCUAUUAGUGAUAACGAUAUUUCCCACCAGAUUCCUUCCAAUGCCAAGGGCAAAAAGAGGCCUGCAAGGAGAAGGGUCAGCCGAUUACCAAAGUAUGAUACUGAUAAACCUGUUAUUAUCACCCUAGAUUCCCUUGGAACUGCACGCCCUGCUACAACUUCCAUUCUCAAACAAUACGUGGUAGCGGAGGCGAAGAAUAAAAAGGGCCUUGACCUCGAGCCUAGCGAACUUCGGGGAAUGACGGCUAAAGAGAUUCCCACACAACGCAAUUUCAGUGACUGCGGGUUGUAUCUGUGCAUGUACCUGGAGCAGUUUGUUGCGAAUCCAGAUACGUUUGUGUACAACAUUUUACAGCGAGAAGGGAACGCUCAUCAAUGGCCUGAGACGAUUCGAGGCCACGAUCUAAGGGAAAGACUACGAGAUCUACUCCUCGAAUUACACAGGCGUCAAGAACACGAAGAACCGGAAAAGGAAAUUCCUGAGGUUGGAAGCAUCAUGAUUGACAAACCUAAACGUCCGCCCCCAACAACUCAGCACCCACUGUCUCUAGUUGAUAAAGGGAUUGAUUAUCAGAGAUCAGGCUUGCGGCGUAUGCAUGAUGAGGACGAAGGGCUAGCGUCGCAUGCAGACAGCACACCUGCGCCACUGGACACAGACUUGAGUGAAGAUGUUCAAUCUGGAAUAAUGGUCGACGACCCUGGUAUUCUCGAUGGGGCUAACUCCCCAUCUGAUCGGCGUAGACCACAUGCUGGUUCAAAUUUGGGGCCAAGUCCUGGAGAAAUAGUCCAAGUCACAGCAUCAUCCCCAAUCUCGCCUAACGGUCACCGAUUUUCGGAUCAGAUCUUGUCGUAUGGAGAUCCGGCCGAAUUAGCCUCCCAUCUUCGGACUUCGAGGAAAAGACAGUUCUCAUAUCGUGAUGACGACGAGGCGCAGCAGCAGAUCAGACCGAAAAGCGCAUCGACCGACUUCCUAUCAGGCAUGCAAAGUUAUCCUCCAUUGCAAGACUUUCCUUUUACGGGAGAGAAUUCUAGGCUCAGGAGUGUCUCAGCGAGAAGAAUACCCGAUGAUGAAGUUUCAAGCUUGCAACGCAAAAGAACGCGGCAUUCUGAGCAAUCGGCGAUCAAUUCCCAAGAACUUGUCAUCGGACCCCAUCCAAUCACUGAGGCUACCGAAAGCAACAAGCAUAGGGUGCUUGUUCCGAGGAAGAAACGUCAAUACGAUAUGGAUGAGGUUGAGAUAUAUGAGGAUACGGAAGACGAACAAACUGAAGGAUGUGGCAAGGCAUAGUGCGCCGGUCAUGACGAUGAUGAGAUGCUAAUACGGUGAGAAUAGCCAGAAGGUGCUUGUUUUUAAAUGUACUGCGUCUUCUAACGCGAUAUGGCGUGGCACAGCAUAGCGAGGGAGUUUGAAGGUGUUGAAUCAGGAAUUUCUCCAUCUGCACCAAUAUCAUGAGAUGAUCUUGGAAGCAAGGUUAGGAUGACUUUACAAAGAGUUGUAAUAGAUGAUAGCUGCCGUGAAUUAAAU